AAUAUCAUAUUGCAUCAAAUGAAUAUCAUGUUAUAUUAAAAUAUAACUAUUAUUAAUUGAAAUUUCGUUAAGUGCAUAACGUUGAGAAAGAGCCCUAUUUAUUCAAACAAUGGUUUUGUACAAUCCAGCGGUUCACUUCUCAAAUUAUAUUUAAUUAUUUUAUAAUCAUAAUUACUCACCUUUUACGAGAAAAUUCGUCACACAACAUUUGCACAUUUUAUCGUUAUGAAAAAUUGUAUCACCCAAUAGGCUUCGAUCAUUUCACCGUCCUUUGAAAAAGUAUGUCAUAUUUGCCGACAGUACAAAGCUAAUCGACAAAACAUUCAAGGAAGCAGCGUAGAAGUUUCACUGUUCAAUCAGUGAUGCUAUGAAUUUUAAGUAAGAAACAGAAUGUGUUCAAUUAUUAAAAUCGUGCGUGACAGAACUGUAAAGGUAUCAGGAAACGACUUUUACUUUCGGUGGUACGCAUGAAACGCACUCCAAAUAAUAUGCUAAUGAUACAUUUUACGGAAAUAUAUUCAAAGUUUUAUGUUUCGAAGAUUCUAAUAUUUCUUUUACUCGCAGUUACUUCUAUUUGGAGAAUUUGCGAGAUUUACAAUUGUGUAAUUAGAAGAAUUUGUGAUUUACAUUUACGUGACUAGAAGAAUGAUGAUUUACUAGAAGAAUGUAAUUUACUCUUAUGUGAUUAAAAGAAUUUGAGCUAUUUACAUUUACGUGAUUAGAAGAAUUUACAAGAUUUACUCUCAUGUAAUUAAAAGAAUUUAUGUGACGUACAUUUACCUAAUUUAAAGAAUGCUAGCUUCUUCCACUUAAAUCAGUGCAUGCAGUUCGUCGUUUCGUACAAGAAAAUCAAGGUUUAAUGAGACGCAUGUAUGGAGAUGAAAGGCACAUCAACGUAUUAAAAGCAGAACUCGAGAAGAACGAUAUCGAAUUAAAAUACGAUGAAUAUUAUCACCAUUUCUCGGAUGAACACAGAAAAUACCAGUAUAUGCACGAUUACGAGUACUUCGAAAGCGACAGCGACUACGAAGGCCGAGGCUUCACAAGCAGAUCCUUCAACGAAAAUUCUGCAAAACGACUAAACAAGUUUCCAAAAUUAAGCGAAUACACUAGACCACAUUUUCGACCGACCGAAAAAUCAACCACAUCAACAGCGGCGACACCUGCGCCCAUCACCUCUUCCACAACGGAAACGUCUUCUACUUCGAUCACACCACCUUCAACGACGGUUUCAACAAAUACCACGAUCGAAAACACGAGGGAAAAUACGACCGAAGAGGCAUUAGCCUUAACGGUGACAACGUCCCACAUGAUGAAGGAACAGAAUUUCAGCAUCAAUGAGAUACCGGAACAGAUAGACAGGAUCGACGAGGAACUCGAAGAAAAUGACGAGGUUGCAGAAGUGUCAGAGACCAGUCUCGAUGAAACUACAGCGAGUUUACCGGGUACCACCGAAGUACCGGUUGAUUCUGAUAAUAGCGAAGACCUGUAUGCCACCCCAAAAGAAACAACCGUGCAGGAAGAAAUUUCUGGCUCGAAUGAGCAACAAGAAUUUAGACCACGACCGGAAUAUCGACCCGCCGGUAAACCGGAAAGUUCGAACAUGGAGGGACAACUGUAUCAAGAUGUGGCCGCGAAGGAUCAGCAAGAACAACCAGUUCUCAAGCUUAGAGGAGUGAACGCGUGUCCUGUGAAGGAAGAAGUGGUAGCACCAUUUUGGGCAAAUAAUACAAGAGGCGAAGUACUAGCUCUUUUGAACCUUUAUCCCUUUGAACAGUACGUUCACUGGGAAAAAUGCACACACGAAAACAAACAGAUGUACUGCCGUGAUGGAUGCAGAUGCGAGCAACAGUACAGACUUCACAGAUUAUUGGCCUACGACCCGAAUAACGAGUGUCGUGGCAUCUUCAGCGAUUGGUUCAAGUUUCCAAGUUGCUGUGUUUGCCGUUGUUAUGAUUUGCCCUUGGAAUUUCGUGUAACGUCGCGCUCUCCUCGCAGCCAGAAACAACGAAUCAAAGUGAAAUCGCCUCGAACCCGAUACACGUAAGGUUCCAAUCUUAAACCAGAUAUUUUAUAAAAUUUGUAUCGCAACGUUAUCGUGUGAUACUGGGAGUUUUAAAAAACACGAACAUAAUAAAUCUAGUAUAAUCCGAGUUCUAUCAAAACAGUCUUGUAUAUAAUAUUUUAUAACGUGCAUAUGAUAAUAAAUAAUGUUCUAUUUUAAAUUACAUUUCUAUUGAAAUGUCGAUAGAAAUUUUUCGAAUAUGAUUGAAGUUGCCAUGACAGUUUAGAUUUUCGGUUAAAAAUAGUACAAGUUUUUAAUGUAACAGCAUAGUCUCCUAUAAAUAGUUUGAUAUAAAUAAAGUUUGACCCUUUGCGGUCGUAUUAAACUUGGUCAUGGGUGUCGUACUGGUUGGAAUUAAUUUCCCUUGAAAGAGCAGUGAUACAUAACAUGUAAGAUUAUGAAGGAUAAACAAGAUUUAUUAAUUUUUUUGCGAAUUUUCCAUCAAUAUAAUCGAUAAAAUUGCUCACUUUUGGAUUCUCGUCGUUACAUUUGCAUUUCUGGAAACAUUUUCAUUCAAUUGUAACAUCCAAAAUAUUUGAAGAAAUCUUUCCUUUCGAAAUAUAUUUCUAAAAAAUGGUAUGUUUCCAACAUGCUCCUUAGUCCAAUAAUAUUUCAUAUUAGGAUCUGGUAUAGUACCUAUGUUAAAGAUCACACCCAAAAAAGCUGUUAACUCUUCUUUCGUCACAUCGAUCCAGUUAUUCCAUGUUGAUCGAUCAGAUAAGCUCUGCUGUCCUAUUUUAUUUUUGGCAUAUUUAUUUGUUUCUAGUACAAUUGUUUCAAGUAGUGUAUCUGUGAAAAAGAGUUUGAAAAAGUCGAUAGGUUCGGUGCAAUGAACAGGUGCAUUAGGUCCAACAAUCUUAGAUCCUGUCGAAAAAUUGGUUUUUGAUUUCGGUUGAAUAAAGUAUAAGAUUAGUAUGGUUCCUUGCUGUGGUAGCUGAGAGCAGACAUACGACCGCAAAGGGUUAAGUCAAAUCUUGUUUCGUUGGAAGAAAAGUUAAGAAAAAUGAAUAUAGUUGAUUCAACCUGGAUUUUCGAGAUCUUCGCAAAUAAUUUAAAAAUGAGGACUAUUGUAAACUGAUUAAUACAUAGACAUUAAAGAGAAUUAUAGUAAAGAUCUAAUGGCUCCAGCCUAGUCAACAAUGUUAGUCCUUACCAUUAUUCAUAAAGGGAGAUACAUUUUUUAUAUGUAACCUAUUUGCCAUAGCCAUUUCGAUUAUUUGUACAUAUGUAUGAUCAUUAACAAACAUUCUGAAAUUAAUGCAAAAAUAAGAUACACUUAUAAAUCAAACACCAAUUUGUUCUAAUAUUUGUAUAUAAUUUUGUACAUGUUAAGAGAUAUAUUAUAGUCACAGCGUUUUAAUCAACUUAUUAAUUUUAUAAUAAUUAGUUGCGGAUGAAUGAAUAAAAUGUAUGAAGCUUUCCAUAGUUAUAUUCUUGCAUCUCUGAAAUUAAUCAAAGUUUGAAGUAUAAAAAUAUUCAAAUUGACAAUUAAUCGUCAAAUGUUUUCGAACAAAAAAAUAUUGUGUAAUAUUUAUUC